CGAGCACUUGUUGUUUCGCCAUAUUAUUUAGUUUGCACCUAUACUCCCUCUGUGCUCUCUGCUCUCUGCUCUCUGCGCUCUCGUCUCGGUCUCGUCCACUCAACUCUGUGGACUGCUGUAAAACCAAACCCCCAACAGACCAACAGGCCAGCCGACGUCUACUUUGUGUCGCCUAUCGCUUACGCUUAACCCCUGCGCUCCAACCACAAAACCAACAGGUAAGUGCCGAUGGCAGCCGCCCCUUCUUCCAUUGAUACGAUCUGUUUUUAGCUCCUUCUCUGCACUGCACCUUCCGCUUGCAUGCAGUCUAGUUGCUGUGUUCCCUCGCUGUUACCAGAGGUCUGUCUGUCGGAACAAGGGAGCCAUCCCAUCCCCCUGGGCACGACCAACAAGCUGGCCCUCGGUGUUGUUCACUUGGGCCAGGCAGGACGAGUCAUCCAGGUCGACUGUGGCCGUUCAGAGCUGUCCCUGUCCCUCCCUUAUCAGCACGGGGAACAAGGUCCUUGAACUGUGUUGUGACGGCGGUGGGAACACGCCAGCUCACGGUCCCAGCUUGGGCUUCGUCUCAACGGCACCUCCGUGCCUUUAGCCCGCUUGGGGAAAACUCAAAUUGUGGUUCUUUGUCCAUCUGCCCAUAUCACCACAUCCUGAUUUGGCCGUUCCUGUCGCUGCAGCACGGCCCAGGGCCAGGGGGAGGGAGCCGUCAACUGGCGGGGCAGACCCUCACCAUCUGCAAGCUUCCAGAACACUGACGCCGCCGCAUACCCCAAUCCAAGUCACCCUUGGCUUGUUGGCCAGCUCAGCCCCUGUCUAGUCAUCUUGUCACAGCACAGCUUCUUCUUGCAUGAUCAGUACUUAAAUCCCUACCUCUUGUGCCUGUCUGUCCCAAUUGUCUUCGCGGGAAAUGGCUCACCGUAUCUCUACUUCCACCCGGGCUAACAGCUGCACUUCUUAGGAGCAGACACAUCCAGCAUUCUCCAUCCUCUUAUCUUUCAGGCCUCCGACUUACCACACCAAGGCUUAAUUAGCGUCCCCCGUUGCGCUUUUGGCCAGGAACUCGACCAAAAGAGACAUUGGAAUUUUCUGCAACUUACCACACCCUCAAAUCAUCAAAAUGUCCACCGCAGCUACUCAGCAGCCUCCGGCUAUACCUCCCCGUCCGUCCAGGGGAUCCCAGGACAGGGACAGUUCCGAGCUCCCUAGAAUUCCACCACGUCCUACUAAGCGCGGUCCCUCGCCCAACCCCGACCGAUAUGCCCCGUCUCCUCUGAACGGAGGGCUCCUCAGUCCGACCAAGAAGGACUUCCGCUCAAACUCGAAUGGCGACCCAAUCGAACGUGUCAGAAGCGUUGAUCUGCCGGCUGUUGUCGGCGAGGAGGGCAUGGAAUACGCCGCUCUGGCUGAAGAGGUGACAUCGUCUCGCGACCCGAGCACCUCUCCCACGCAGACUCGAAGCGUGGACGAGAACAUGAAGAUAUAUGCCCCCACGGCGACCAUGCCUGCGUCAAGGGCCAAGCAACGCAUCCAGCAGGUCACAAGGACCGACUCGGACAACGCGGCCGCUUUUGGUAUCGGGAAGCCAAGCCAGGAUCUCCCUACGCCCUCAAAUCGCAGUCUGAAGAAGAAGGCCAGCACAGCUAGCGGCCUGUCCCACAGCGAGGUUGAGGACGAGGAGCAUGGCAUCCCGGAGAUCGGGCAGCAAAUUCCCUUGCUGCCAAACGCUGGCGACGUGCAGGCUCCAUCCCCUGCUCCUGGGUCCGAUGCCAUCAAGUCCCACAAGAGGAAGGGUAGCUCGAGGGGCCUCCCACCUGGGAGCUACGGUCUGCAUGGCCACAAUGUUGCUCCUCAGGACAAGCUCGAAAAGGAGUACUACAACAAGCACCCUGAGCUUCUGAAGCUUGAACGCCACCCCUACCAGGCCGACCGUCCCACGGACUUCGCCUUGAGCAGUGAGCAGCUCAACAAGCUGGUCAGGGACACCGAGUCCACCGGUCACGGUGUUGGCACCAUUGACCAUAUGGGCCUGCCCAGUGAACAAGCUGGUUGGGCUGCGCUUGACGCUAGCUCACGCCCUCAGUCAGCCAAACCGGGCGAGACGGAAGUUCGUAUCGAUGAGCCCAACCGCAGGAGAAGUAUCCUGCUCAGUGGUGACCCUGUUCCUGCCCCAUUGCCGGAGGAAGGCACCGAGUAUACGGCUCCCAUCUUGGCUGAGGACGAGGUGAGGAAGAACACCCCGCAGCGGGACCAGGUAGCAUGCAUCGAGCCCUCAAGGGAGCGCCGAGGAAGCGAUUAUGAGGCAGACCCACCACGCAGUCGCCCCACUAGCCGUCCGGCCAGCUUGUACAAGGUGGAUUCCUCCGAUAUAAGAUCCACGCCCCUGGAGGACGUGGAAGAGUACGAGCCGCUUUUCCCUGAGGAUGAUGAGGGCACUCCCAGGAACCUCACUGCUGCCCAGAUUGAGAAGAUCAAGCAGCGAUUCCCUAGCAAGGACAUUUGGGAAGACGCACCUAACAGCGUGCAUCAUACCGCCACCGUCUCUACGCCCGACCUCGCGGAGCAGAUCCAGAAGAACGUCCCCUCGCGUGACCAAACCGAAACGCCGGCACAGGAAUGGGCUCGCAAACAAGAAGAACUAGCUGAGAAGGAAUUGACACACCCCGACGCCUUCCUGUGGCGCAACCAGAAGCCUUCCUGGGUUGGCCACCAGUCUCACCUCUCCCAGGAGUCUCGUCCUAAAAUGGCGCAAAAAUUCCCGAGUCGCGAUGUCUGGGAAGACACUCCGGACAGUCUGAAGCUCGAGACCACGGUGUCUGGGCCUCAAAUGGAGCCAGCAUCACCGGCGGACAAUAAGCCACCUCAGAUCCCGGAUCGUCCCCGGCGCAAGUCCAGUGGCUCUAAGGAGAAGCCCGCGAUUCCUGAGCGACCUAAGCCCAAGUCGCCAGAGGAGACAUCGCAAAAGCCCCAGAUCCCAGACCGCCCCAAGCCCCAGGUGCCCGCUCGGCCUGUCAAGGCGCCUGCUGCCGCCGGCAAUUCUUCCGACGCGCCGGCUCCUAAAGCGAAGCCCGCAGUACCUGCCAGGCCAGCAGGCAAUAAGAUUGCUGCACUACAGGCCGGAUUCAUGUCGGAUCUGAACAAGAAGCUCGGACUAGGACCACGGAUCUCACAACCCAAGGAGGAAUCCAAGGAUGAAGCGCCUGAGGAGCCAAAGGAGAAGGUACCCCUGUCCGAUGCCCGCAAGGGAAGGGCCCGCGGUCCUCAAAGGAGAGCCCCUGCAGCAGCGGCAGCAGCGGCACCUGCGGAGUCUGCGUCGAAGAAGCCGAAGUUGACCUUUUCAACAACCGUAACCGUCUGGUCUUUGGACCCGGAGUCGGAGGGUACAAUUCAGAUCGGAGGGCUGAGUCCAGCAGAGGAAAAGAAGGAGCAUAUUGCACCUGUCGUUGAGAUACCCGUGGACAAAUCCGUGGCACCUGUGGUCGAGGCAUCUGCAGACGACAAACCCGUGGCUCAGGAGGUCGGGUCCUCAGCAAAGUCAGAAAGUGAACCCAAGCUAGAAGAGACUACUGGUGAGGUUGUCGACGCCCAAAAUGAGGAGGAACCAACAGUGAAGAAGGAAGUGUUGGCAACCAACAUGGCAGGUGAAAGUGUCGAGGAGGCUGUCGUGGAAGAGAGUCAGGCCGGCAAGGUCGAGGCGAAACACGCCGAGGUGAACCCCGUUGAAGACUAACUCGAGGCUUCAACUUGGUUCUCAAAACAUUCCUUCUAGUAUUGUCGAUCUUUACAUGAAUAAGUAAACAAACGUGUGGAGAAGAUGGGUCGGAAGCGCAUCUAAGGGGUCGGGUUAUUCUACAACAGAAUACGUCAGGUAGCAUUCUGGAUUUUUGAUGCCGACUUACUUUCAUUCCUUUACAGUAUACAAACCAGGCCCUCAGCAAUGGCCGUACGAGAGCGCGACACUGCUAGACUUUGUCGUACCGGUCAAGACGACUCACUGCUACACACGCCAUCUCGACUAACAUAACACCGCGAAGCAGCUAAUGUGCUUGCUCUCUUGGCCUCUCAUCAAGCUGACUUAGGCCUGACAAGCCGUCGCGAUGUCUCCACUGAACCGUGACGAAGGAGCAGUGACGAUCUCGUGUAUCAUCCGAGCGGUGUUGGUUAUCACCCACGCGUGCUUCAUAGCUGCCUGUGCAGAUGCCGGUACACUGCAUCACGCACACCUUCAAUGGUAGGGCACUGGCCAUUUCUCAAGUUUUGCACGAGUAUUCUGGCAAGUAGCGUAGCAGCGUCGCGAAUUACCGCAACAGCUGGGUAGUCGCGGAUCAUCUGCCGCUCGUAGGUGUAGAUGUUAUUAGAAGGCGUCAAAUCAGCAACAGCAGUCGUACAGAACGCUGCCAGACAUCAAUGCAUUCAACAAGUUUUUAUGCG